GGGGAUGCGGUUCAUUGGCCGUUGCCUCAGUCUCGGGCCAGGAAGCCAUGGCAGCGGCGGGGCAGGGGGACGGGGGCGCUGCGCUCCCGUCGCGGAAGCAGUGCCUGAUCCGGCGGAACCACGAGCGGGAGCAGUACGGGGUGGCGGUGUCCUGCCUCCGGGAGCUGCGCAGCAAGGCCUGUGAUGUUCUAGCCCUUGACAAGACCUGGGAACCCAUCACUUUAGUACUGGCAGAGGAUGGCACCAUUGUGGAUGAUGAAGAUUACUUCCUGUGCUUACCGGCCAACACCAAGUUUGUGGCAUUGGCCCGAAACGAACAGUGGUCCAGCAGGAGUCUAGAUGGGGGCACAGCCUGGCUCUCAAGAGAAUCCACAGAUGAAGUGGAUGCCAGUGAAGAGAAGUGGAAACACCUGGCCCAGCAGCUGAAAGAUGACUUGUCCAGCAUCAUUUUGAUGUCUGAGGAAGACCUUCAGGUGCUCAUUGAUGUACCAUGCAUAGAGCUAGCCGAGGAGCUGUCCCAAAGUCAACCCCAAGUCCAGGUAUUACAGGAUACCCUGCAGCAAGUGCUGGACAGACGGGAGGAAGAACGACAGUCAAAGCAGCUUCUGGAACUCUACUUGGAGGCCUUGAAGAAAGAAGGCAGCAUCAUAAGCAAGGCAACAGAACCAGAAGCAGCGCUCAGAGGGGAUGUGGUUGAUGCUGGAGCCAGCAAUACAGACACCUCAACCAAAAUUACACUCAGUGACCAGAUACUUACUGCACUGAAAGAAAAGCCUGCCCCAGAACUCAGCUUGGACAGUCAGGAUCUGGAGUUGGUUUUCAAAGAAGACACGGAAGUCUUGGCUCUGGCAUUAAGCUGGGACAAGCAAAAGACUGAAGCUCUCCAGCAGGCCUGUGAUCAGGAGCUCUCAAGGCGCCUACAGCAAGUGCAAGCUCUACAGUCGCUGAGGAGCAUGUCAAAGGUCAAGAAAUCACUGCCCUGGGGAGACUGGCUAAGUUCAAAACGCAGGAAGUAAGAAACUUUGUAGACCUGCUGCUGGCAAUGCUUUAGGUGUCAAGGAAACAUGUCCCUGGGGCACAAGAGCCAAAACAAACAAGUGGUAUAUUACAGUCUUAAUACCACACUUCGCUGUUCACGCUAUGCACUAGCUUGAGAAAACUG